AUGGAUUCUCCAACAACAUUGAAACAUCGACGUCGGUACAAAUUUAAUAAGAAGCUUGGGAAGUACGUAAGGAUUAAGAAACCACGAUUGGAGCAAAUCCACAAACAAAAUAUAAGCUUAACAACUCCGACCAUCGAUUCUACAUUUAACAUCUACGUUACGAAUCACGCAACAACUGUGACUAACAAUAUUAGCUCCUCAAUCAUAUCUGAUAUUUCAAAUACUUCAUUCACUGAAGAAACUAUAGAAAAAUCAUUCAUGUGGAAUAUUUUUGCCCCCUGCUCUUCUGAUACUUUUAUAGCAAAAUCAGCAACAUCAACAACAACAACAAUAACACCAACGACAGCACUAACAACAACAACACCAACAACAAAAGCAACAAUAGCAAAAUCAACAGCAACAGCAACAACAACAACAACAGUAACAACAAUACCAACGAUAACAAUAGCAACAACAGCAACAACAACAACAGCAACAACAAUACCAACGAUAACAAUAGCAACAACAACAACAACAACAACAACAACAGCACCACCACCAUUAACAAUGGCAACAACAACAACAUCGACAACAUCAACAAAAACAGCAACAACAACAACAACAGCAAUACCACUUAUUGUUACAGGAAGUUCAAUCUCAUUAAAAAGGACUUCACUUCUUGACAGAUUGCUUCAGCAAAAGCGACAACAUCAAUCGUUUGUUGUAUUACCAACUACAAGACCUCUAACUUUACCAUUACUGUCUUCACCCUCACAACCUCUGUUACAAAUCCCAUUAUCACCAUUAUCAAUAUUGGGAUCACUAGUACCAUCGACAUUUCCAUCAUCUUUAUUGUCAUCAACACCCAUACCAUUACCUUCAGUUCCUGUCAGAUUGCAAUUGCCGAAUAUGGGUAAGAAUGCUGAUUUAUCGAAAAAAAAAGUAUAA